AUGGCGGGUGCAGUAGAAGGAGAAGUAUUCAUCGGACGAAAAGCUCAAGAAUUACGAGGACUUCUCAAAAUAAGAUACCCGAUCGAACAUGGUAUUGUGUCCGAUUGGGAUGACAUGGAGCGUAUAUGGAAAUAUAUUUACGAAGAAGAAUUAAAAACGGCAUCGGAAGAACAUCCAGUGCUCCUGACAGAGGCGCCCCUUAAUCCCAGAAAAAAUCGAGAGGAUGCUGCUCAAAUGUUCUUCGAGACGUUUAACGUUCCGGCCUUGUUCACAUCAAUUCAGGCUGUCUUGAGUCUUUAUUCAUCUGGUCGAACUACCGGUAUUGUCCUUGAUUCGGGCGACGGAGUGACUCACGCCGUUCCUGUUUACGAAGGAUUCGCGCUUCCGCACGCAAUCAGGAGAGUGGACAUUGCCGGCAGGAAAGUGCUAGAAAAGACUUUAACACCAAUGCAACGAGAUGUAACGGAAUAUUUGCAGUUACUUCUACGCAAAGCGGGUUAUAACUUCCACACUACAGCCGAAAAGGAAGUUGUUCGUCUUAUCAAAGAAAAGACCUGCUACGUUGCAGUCAAUCCGAUGAAAGAAGAGAAAGAGGUGAACGGAAAAUAUGAUGAUUUCACUUUACCCGACGGCAAUGUUGUCAAGUUGGGUACCGAAAGAUUCAAGGCGCCGGAGAUCUUGUUUAAUCCCGAAUUAAUUGGACAAGAAUACGCUGGCAUCCACCAGGUGGUGGUUGACUCCAUCAAUAGGGCCGAUCUCGACUUAAGAAAGGCGUUGUACGCCAACAUUGUUUUAUCAGGCGGUUCAACACUUUACCGAGAAUUCGGAGCAAGGUUGCUAAAUGAAAUAAAAAAAUUGGCGACAAAGAAUGAUAUAAAGAUCAAAAUCUACGCACCACCGGAAAGAAAGUACAGUACUUGGAUUGGCGGAUCCAUAUUGGCCGCAUUGAGUACAUUCAAAAAGAUGUGGGUUUCGGCCGAAGAAUAUCAAGAGGAUCAAGAUAUCAUUCAUAAGAAAAGUUCACAUUUUCUCAUAAUUAGCGGUUAA